AUGUAUGGAAAGAAAUCAACAAAACCACAACAAAAACAGCUGAAGUCAGUGCUCUUCGAAAAAGACUAUUUUUUAAAUAAAUAUGGCGUAAAAUUGGGCUGGUUCUGGACAUGCUCCUUUAUUUGUCCAUUUUUAUAUUAUGCAACAUUGGUUCAUAAACAGAAUUGCAAAAAUAUAGCAUUACAUUUAAGUCGAAUAAUGAUUUCAACCAGCCUAUGGUAUUUUUGUACUAAUGGAUUUGUUGCAGUGGAACAUAUGAGUGCAUAUUGUUAUGGUGCAAAGACAAGCUCUAGAAGCGAUUGUGCUAGCUGUGGUGGGAAAUGGGUCCCCGGUUUCGAUAUCAGUGGGCAUUGCUUCUUGCUUAUUUAUAGUAUCCUUAUUAUUUGUGAAGAGGUUGGCAAAUUUCUUCCUCGAUUUGAAUUAUUUAAAAUGGUCUCAUUGGCAUUUCGCAGUUUACCCUUCUUUGUGGUGAAGAAAAAAAUGGCUACAGAAAAGAUGGCAGCUUCAUAUGAAAUAGCAGAUUUUGAACUAAUGGUGUCGGUGAUCUAUUAUCAUCGUAUUUCACACAAGGUAUUGGGCACCUUAGUUGCUAUAUUUUGUUGGUUUAUAACUUAUCGACUGUGGUACCCAUCAAUAGGGCUGCCACCAAUGCCAAUAAAUUGA